AAAGCGUCCAAAAAUAUAAACAAACAUCAAUCUCUCGCCGUCAGGUUACAAUCUAUCGCCACCGCUAAGACCGCCGUCUCCUCCGCAAUCUUCAUAACCAAAACAACCCUAAUCACCUGGAGCUUAAACAAUGGGAAAGAGGAAAUCAAGAGCAAAGCCUGCUCCUACGAAGCGAAUGGAUAAGCUUGACACAAUCUUUAGUUGUCCUUUCUGCAAUCACGGCUCGAGUGUCGAAUGCAUAAUUGAUAUGAAGCAUCUGAUUGGUAAAGCAGCUUGUAGAAUCUGUGAAGAAAGCUUUAGUACUACUAUCACAGCUUUGACUGAAGCUAUAGACAUUUAUAGCGAAUGGAUCGAUGAGUGCGAGAGGGUUAAUACGGCGGAAGAUGAUGUUGUGCAAGAAGAAGAAGAAGAGGAGGAAGUAGAAGAAGAAGAAGAGGAAGAAGAGGAUGAUGAAGAUGACCAUGUCUCUGUCAAAAGGAAGUAUAAUUUCUGAGACGAUUCUUUUAUCGAAAAUCAUGUAAGUCGUCUUAAAGUUAUCUGCCUUAUGUUGUAAUAUCUAUCUGAUGAAAUUACAAGAACAAUCUUUAGUGUUUUCUCUGUGUCUGGUAGAGAAGAAACAUAAAAAUAACAGUGUAUGAUGAUGAUUUGUAAGUGGAUUAAGGCUUUGCUUAUUUGGUUCCAA